GCGCCGGCAAGGCAGUCUCCAUCCCGCCACGGUACGGGGUGCCGGCUCUGUGGGGAGACCCCUCUCUCCCGUGUCCUCACGGCCCAGGAGUGUGGGGAGGGGCAGCCUGCACUCCCUGCUCACACCUGAGCCCCGGGCCCUGGGGGGACCGCCCAGCCCUGUGCUGCAGCUGGGGGGCAGCAGGCACCCCUCAGGUUCCUCUGGUCCUGGUGAUCUUCACCUCCGCCCUCCCCGGCAAAACAUUCUGAGCCCGCGCAGGAGGAGGCCGGGGUGCCUCCUGGCCCCUUGGCUCCCGUUGGCGACCCUGGGCUCCCUCUGUCAUCAUCUCGCUCGUUCCUGUCUUUCCCUCUCCCUUGUCCCCAUAAGCCGCCUGCAUGGGGCCAUUGCUCUACAUUUGAAGCCUUUUUCUGUUCUAGGUGAGACGAUUAUGAAAAACCUAUCUUUGGGGACACACGUCCCAAAAAGUUACUGGAAGAAUCCGGUUUUGCUGGCAGAUGUGGAACUUUUGGGCAGAAAGGGGCAGUUUCGAGGGGUUGGGCCCUGAGACAGCAAGAGCAGGAGGCCCUGGGCAGGGGUUGGUGGGUUGGGCGGGGGUACCCCGGCUUCCAGCCUCCCCUGGAGGCGCUGGUGCUCCUUCCUCAGCUGUCUGCUGGUUCCGGAUCUUGGUGCUUGGGCUCUGGCGUGGCCCAGCCUGUGUCACUGCGUCCUCCCGCUCGGUCCUCUGUGCUUGGCACGUCCUCUCCCCCUGACGCAGCCCUCACCUGCUGUGUGCGCAUCAGCGUUUGCCACACUCCUGCAGGUGGCAGGCAUCAUGCCUGUUCGCAUCUCUGGUUCACUGGUCCUGGAGGUUGCAGCUGCGUCUUCCCAAGACCGUCCCCUUCAGUUCACCGUAAGGCUUCCAGGAGUAGUUCCAGGGCAUUUGUCUUGGAACUCGCUCCCCACAUGCCUUUCCAGUCUCCGCUCCCAUUCCUGGAUUGUCCCCGUCCUCCUUCAGCAGGUGGCACGGGCACGUGGGGAGGGCACACCGGCAGGACGCACGCUCCCAGGCAGGCCCCGCACAGCCCCAACGCUGCGCUCGCAGUUCUCAGCAUCUCAUCUUCUCUCAGGUACCACAUGGAGUGCCUGGACCCUCCUCUCCACGAGGUGCCAGUGGACGAGUGGUUCUGUCCAGAGUGCACAGCCCCCGCCAGGAUUUUCUUCCCGAGACCUGGGCCACGUGAGCGAGGAUGAGGUCUCCCUGCUCUUGACCGAGGCAGUGCCCACCACCAGCAGGCUUCGGCCUAACACAGGGAGGACCCGGGCCAUCGCCAGGACACGGCAGAGUGAGCGAGUGAGAGCCACUGUGAAUCGGAAUCGGAUCACCACUGCCAGGAGGAUCCAGCAUGUCCCCAGGCACCUCAUGUCAUCCCUGCUGGACGAGACCAUCGAAGCUGUCGCCAGCGGGCUGAGCACCUCCGUGUACCAGCACCCUGCAACUCCUCGGGCUCCCGGUAAACGGAGGAGGAAAGCAGGAAGGCGGAGGAAGGGGCUGGGGAGGAAGCGGACCCAGUCCAGAUCUGUGAAGCCUCCGAGCUCAGGGACCAGGUCGAAGAAACGUCCGUGUCGUGCGAAGAAGAGGCGAGGAAAGAAGAGCAAGAUUAAAAAUGAAGUCACGGUGCGUUCCCGCAUUGCAAAGACCCUGGGCCUCCGGAAACCUGUGCAUGGAGCCUCCAUCCCGUCUGUGUAUAAGCCGGUGGACCCCUCGCUGGGGCUGAUGCGGGCCGACAUCGGAGCAGCUUCUCUGUCUCUCUUUGGAGACCCAUACGAGCUGGACCCCUUUGACAGCUGUGAGGAGCUCGCUACAAACCCCGCUUCCCCUGCGAGUGCCAAGAGGAGGGUCCUGUCACAGUCGGCCCUGCGGUCACACCAGCCAGUGGCCAGACCCGUUUCCGUGGGGCUUCCCAGGAGAAGUGUGGCCGCCGCCGUGCCAGGGCCCGAGGUGGAAGCGGCCCCCGUCCCUGACCUGCUGGGGCACAUCCUGUCCAGUCAGAGCCUGCUGCUGAUGAGCAGUGCUGACGUUGUCAUCCACCGGGACGGCUCCCUCAGCGCCAAGAGGGCAGCUCCAGUUUCUUUUCAGCGGAACUCAUUCGGCCCAUCCGGGGGAGAUGGAGGCCCCGGGUCUGGGGGCUGCUCGCAGGCUGGAGCCGUGCACUCCGAGGGGCAGCACAGCCCGGCAUGGAGCACCCCUAGCAGGCCCACCCCAGGCACGGCCCCCGUCCCGGCCCUGUCCUGUGUUCCUGUUCGCACGUCGGGGGUGGCCAGAAGGCCAGACUCACCACCGACCCCCCAGCCAGUUCAAGUCCAGAAUGUGUCCCAUGUGCGGAGACUUGGCUUGAAGAGAUGUGCUGAGCCACGUAGUGGGGACGGCCAGCAGGCGCUGCCUCCUCGUCCUCCGUCAUCCCAGGGCUGCAGCAGCAGGUCUCACUCGCCAGCUGAGAACCCAGUGCCAGGCCAGCCACUGACACCAGUGCCCAGGAGAGUCAGCAUCUCCGAGCUGCCGAGAAUACCAAAGAUCAGGAGGGACAGCAGCGGCAGUGGGCAUCUGGACUCAGCCCCGGCCUCCGGCCACAGCGUCGAGAUCCCCAGCUCCUGCAUCAGCCGGCUGACGGGCAGGGGCAGCCCCGGGCAGCCUGGACGGGGGACCCGGGCCGAGGGCAAGCCUGGCAGCAGGGGCCCGCAGGAGCCCGGCACACCCACAGCAGGCAGCACCCAGCCCCCGGCCCCCGACUCCCAUGGCAGCCUGGCCCCGCCUGCAGCGCUGAGGGGGAAGAAUGUGGGGUCAACCUUUGAGAGCUUUAGGAUCAAUAUUCCUGGGAAUGCAGCCCAUUCCAGCAGAUUGUCCAGCCCCGGGUUCUGUAACACCUUCCAGCCUGUUGACAGCAAGGUGCAGAGGAAGGAGACCCCUUCCCCUCUCUUCUCCAUAAAAAAGACAAAGCAGCUCAAGAGCGAGAUCUAUGACCCCUUCGACCCCACGGGGUCUGACUCAAGUUCCCCCCGCAGCAGCCCUGAGAGGCCUGGCCCUGUCCCCCUGCCCUCCGAGAUCACGCGCACCAUCUCCAACCGCUGCCCCGAGGCCCCUGCACUGGAGGCCGUGCGCUGCGUCACCUCCUACACAGUGGGCGCUGCCUUUGGGACAGGCCCUGAGCCGCCUCGAGGCCCCUGUGGCACGCUGCACACGCUCCGGGACAAGAGGGCCGCUGAGGGGGAAGAAUGUGGGGGCGAGGCACUGGGUGAGGAGCCCACUGGGAAGCGGGGCCUGUCUGUCUGGGGCCAGAGGCUGUCCCUGCUGGAGCCCUGGGAAGACGAGGAUGGGGCCUGCCGCAGCUCCUUCUUUGGCUCCCAGGAGCGGACGGUGACCUGUGUGACAGUCGUGGGCCCAGAAGCCCCACCCAGCCCGGACACGCCUCUGCCGGCCACCCACAGGGUCGUGGAGCUGCGCUCGCCCUCCCGCUCCCGCUCCCGCUCCCACAGCAGGAGUGAAGAGAAGAGAAAAAAGGCCACUGUCAAGGAGAAGACGCAGCCAGGGACCCGCUCCAGGUCUCGCUCGGGGUCUCGCUGCAGGGCCAGGAGCUCCCGGUCGGCUUCUCUGUCACUGGGCGAGGACAACGCCAAGAAGCAUCGGGCUAAGGCCAAGAGCCAGAGGUCGUCCAGCGAUGGCUCCAGCAGCCACGACCGGGCCAAGGGCCGGAGGCCCAAGGAGAAGGGCCAGGAGCGGAGGCACGGCCCCCGGGGACGGCGGCGGUCAGGGUCCCGCUCCGGCAGCCCCAGCAGCUCCUCCCACGAGCACCACGAGGGCAGGAAGAAGCGGCGGCGGAGAUCAGGGUCCCGGCCUCGGGGGAGAGAAGGCUCUCCGCCGAGCAGCCCGGGCAGGGUCCGCAGACACGGGCACCGUAGGGACCCCCGGGAGACACGGCGUUCCCGGGACAGGGGCCGGCGACGGUCGAGAUCACCGGGCUCAGACCCCAGGCCCCACGCGCACCAGCGGCCUCACUCCUGGGAGAAGCAGCCCCAGACCCGCUCCCACUCUCCGGGCAGGAAACUGCCUGUAAAGGUGGCGUCCCCCUCCCCCCCACAGCAGGUACCGAGGCCCCUGGCUGGCCCUGCAGCUGGGCCACCCACCCCGGUGUGCACGGAGCUCUCGGCCAGCCUGGAGGUGGCCAUGGCCCACGAGGCACCUCCCGCUGUGGAGACACUGGCCGAGGCCAUGCCCGAUGACCUGGAUUAUGGCGACACUGUCGAGGCCGGCCACGUCUUCGAGGACUUUUCCUCUGAGGCUGUCUUCAUGCAACUUGACGACAUGAGCUCCCCACCUUCCCCCGAGAGCACGGACUCCUCCCCUGAGAGGGUGCUGCCCCCUCACCCUGCACCGGCCCCUGCUGGCCCGCAGGGUGGUGCCAGCCUGGCCGUGGCUGUUGUCACGGGGUGCACAUCUCUGGCUUAUGGUGAAGGUGCCAUGCUGCCCCCACCCCCGGCACAGGGUCCCCCAGAGUGGGGCUGCCCCCAGCAGGCCUCUGCUCUCCACCUCAUGGGGGGCCAGGCCCUGGGGGCUGAGGAGGGAGGUCUUUUGAGAGAAAGGGUUGGCGUGGCUGCCAGGCCUGGGGAGGACGUUGGCCACAGCUCCCUGCCACGGCCCAGAGCCCCGGUGAAGAGAGUCACCUGGAACCUGCAGGAGGAGGGGGGCAGUGCCCCGCCCGAGGACCAGGCUCCACGGACGCCUCUCCACCAGCUGCAGAGGCCCCAGGACGGGGCCUGGGAAGUGGAGGUCCUGGGCCCCGUGGCCACCAGCCAGGCACUGCCCUCCGAGUUGCCCCCUCCCAGCCACAUACUUCCUGAGCCCGCCUUCUUCGAGCCCAGCUCCUCUCAGGUUUACAGCCCCAACAUGCCUCUGGCCCCAGCUCUGCCCUCAAGCGUCCCACCUGAUGCUCCAGUCAGCCAGCCCACAUCCCAGUGUGUCAUGCAGGGGAGCCUUCCCCUGGUGGGCUGCAUGGCUGCCCCGAGCCUGGCCCCAGUGCCCACCGUCCUGACCACAGCCCUCGAGCCGGCUGUCCAAGCCCCCAUGGCCAACGACUCGGAAGAGAAGACCGUCCCCAAGCCAGCCGCAGAGAAGACAAAGAAUGAGGAGUACAUGAAGAAGCUGCACAUGCAAGAGCGGGCCGUGGAAGAGGUGAAGCUGGCCAUGAAGCCUUUCUACCAGAGGAGGGAGGUGUCCAAGGACGAGUACAAGGACAUCCUGCGCAAGGCCGUGCAGAAGAUCUGCCACAGCAGGAGCGGACAGAUCAACCCGGUGAAGGUGGCCAACCUGGUGCGGGCCUACGUGGAGAAGUAUAGGCACAUGCGGAAGCACAAGAGGGCCGAGCCCGAGGAGCAGCCGCCUGCCCAGGAGGCCGCGAGCUGAGGCGGCCUGGGCAGCCCUCGGGCUUGGCCACACUCUGGUGGCGGCACUUGGUGUGUCCCAAUGGCUCUGCUGGCAGCGCAGGAGAGGGGGCUCGGGGCCGUGGGGCGUGCCUGUUUUCAGGGUUCCUGUGAUCACACAUGGUCUGCACACCUGUCUGGCUCACAGUUUAAAACUGGACUUUUUUAUAUGUAUAUUAUAGAUAUAUACUGUU